AUGGCCGGGAAUCAUUUUAAGGAAGGGGAGAGAUUAGGAGAAGUAAUUGAAGCAGUAUUGGAGAGUGAUUUACGAAAAUUAAGAUGCAAAAAAGUAGAUAUUGAAUGUAUGACUAAAGCAAUUGAUAUUGGAAUUGAAGAGAUAAAUGCUCAGAAACUUGAUCUAAAGUUAGAACUAAAAAAAUUAUCUGACAAAAUUAAAGCUAACAAUGAAACUAGAAAAUGUAUUGAAAUGGAAGAUAUGAUAUCUGUUCCUCAUUUUAAUAAAUAUUGCUAUUGUAUAAAUCCAUGUAGUUUUUUUCCUGGAAAGGAAAUAUUACUCAAUUUAUUAAAUGAAGAAAGUUUUUGUGUUUCAAAAAGUAAUGAUUUUAUUCUAGUUGGCAUCAAUCACUUAAACAAAACCUAUGAAAUUAUGAAACAGAAAAAAAAAUCGCUUUUAGAAAAUUUGGAGAAGAUUUACAUUUUAGAAAAAAAAUUAAUGAAUUCAAUAGAAGCUAGGAGAAGACUUGAAGAUAAAAACCAAGCUGCAAUACUUCAGAAGAUUCAAAAAAAGUUCUCCAAUUUUGAAAAAGGAACUAUUAAAUCAUAA